AUGAUAAAACUCGUCUGGAUCGUCCUUUUCUUCGCCGUCGUACGUUUUUUUUUUGGGGAAAAUAUAAACGUUUGUCUAUCAUUUGUACUAUCAAUACUGUUAAAAAAAAAUAAGAUAUUUUCUUUUUCUAGAAAAAAAAAUUCAUAUUCUUUUGUUGCCGGAAUUCAAAGCUCACUAUUUUUUAUAAGAAAAAUCGACUUGUUUAGCAAUUUUUGAGUGAUCCCUAUAGAGGUUAAGAGUAGAGUUCUCAAAACCGAACGUUCAAAAAAAAUGACCGUUUGAAAAAAAUGAACUUUUUUUCAUUUUUUUCGAUAGUUUAGGAUAUAUCAUUUUUCAAACGUUCAACCAAAAAGUUCGAAAAAUCGUUUUUCUUAUAAUAAUGAACGUUUGCUUUUUCACAUAAAAAAACGGACGUUCGUUUUUUUGAACGAACUGUUUUGAAAAUGGAAAAAUGAACGUUCAUUUUUUUGAACGAACUUUUUGGAAAAUGAAAAAAAUGAACGUUCAUUUUUUUGAACGAACUUUUUGAAAAUGAAAAAAAUGAACGUUCAUUUUUUUGAACGAACUUUUUUACGAACGGAAAAUGAACGUUCAUUUUGGUUGAACGUUCAAAAGCAAACUUGAACCAAAAGUUUGGUUUCAACAUUUGUUCGAAAAUGUUUGGUCGAACGUUCGUUCGAACGUUUGGUUUUGAGAACUCUAGUUAAGAGGGAUGAGCAGCCCCUAUAGAAGCCGAAAAAGGGAUCCCUACAGGGGUGAAAUCAAAUUGGUCCUUAUAGGGGUUUAGGGUUUGACCUCCUAGCCACUGAAGCUCAAGUGGACCUUAUAGGGGUCUUUCAAUCUCAUUCAAAAAACGCUUAUUUAUUUAAUUUUUUGCGUGAAGUUCAUAAAAAUCAUCGAAUGGUUCCCUAUAUGGGCCACUUUUGCAAGCUUAAAGGCAUAGGGGCAGUUAAAAAUGGGGUUUCAGGUGAAAGCAGUAUCUUGUAUAGUUUUUCUUUGCGAAUCGAAUGGUGUACUCAAAAAAAUUACAGAUGUGACAACUCUAGAAGAAAAACGCGAUUUCACUUUCCCGCCUUUGAUUUUGAAAAAAGCUUUGGAUCGGUAUGCAGACAAAUGUUUACAGUAGCCGUGCACGCGAUGUUGCGGACGUCUCAUUAGACUCGCAUUUUGUGUGAAACAACCGUCUAUCUGCUUCAAAUUAAGGGUUUCUUCUCUGAGAAAUCGAUUAGGAAAAAGGAAAACACACAUUGACAAUAAAGAAAACACAAAUAAUCGCUAUCCCAAUCGAAACCUAUGUAAAAUCAUCAUUUUUCACCAGAAACGCUUUUUUUCGAUCAAAGUUUGCAAUUAUACAUGAAUAGAAAGCUUAUGCGACGAAAAAGACUUUGGUGACAACAGAAAAAAUUGAGAAUUGAAAGAAACGAAGAAAAAAGCGAAAAUCCAAAAAACGGCGAAGCCUGUUGUCCAUAGAGCGAUUUUACUGCAAAGUGCUCUUUUUGCGGGAACUCAAACUUUCCUCCCUCCGACUUUGAAUUAUUUUUUCUCUGAAACUAGGAACUUCUGUACGUUUCCAAAUUCACCGUUCGAUUCGCAAUGAAAAGCUAUACAAAGUACUGCUUUGAACUGAAACACCGUUUUUUACUGCCCCUAUGCCUUUAAGGGACCCCAAUAGGGUAGGUAGAUCGAAGUGAACUCGUUGGGGUUCACACUGAUCUGUGAAUAAAUUAUUAUUGUAGGUAAAGUGGUCCCUAGAGGAGACCCUCCAAAGGCCUCUAAGGUUGGCUCUAUAGGGACCACUCUGGAGAUUCUAAGUUAGUAUAAACCGUUCGCAUUUUGAAUCUCAAAUAGAAUGACGUCAUUAGAAUAGGCUCUGUGGAUGGCUCGUUCUCUGAUUGGUUUAUGACGUCAUUAGGGGCGGAGCUUGGGCUAUGAGUUGACUUUUUUUUAAAUGACUCGACUAUAUUGGAAAAAAAAAAUCAUUUCAAAAAUUUUAGGCUUCCGCCCACGUUCCCUCCUCUCGUCACCAUGUUUCGAGGUUAGUUGGAAAAUUAUAUUUUCAAUUUUUCAACAGGACUUGUUCUGAAAGUCCCGUUCAAAAACUAGAUUUUUAGUUUAAAAAUCUCCAAAAUUCAGAAACCGCCGCUCCACCAUCAACCACCGUAACUGGCUAACCAAGGAGCAAAAAGAAGCGAUUAAAGAUGUUAGAGAUAUUUUUUUCUUCUCAAAAAAAUCAAUUUAUUCAGGAGCCCGCCGAAAGCUGCACUUUCGCCAAAAAAGCGUUCUUGAUUAUGAAAAAGGAAACAGAUGAAGAGUUUGACGAUUGGAUGACAACUUAUAAUAAAACUUGCAAACUCUGGUUGCAACAGGUAAUAUUUGAAAAAAAAAAUCUCAAGUUUAAGCGAUUUUGUAAUGACAGGGUCACCUUGUAGAAAAAUUUUCGUCUCUUAAAAUCAAUUUCUGAACGCAAGCCAGAAACAGAAUAUAAAAAAGUCGCUUCACAAAAUUAUAGGGCUUUUCAAUCAAGGGGAAAACCUAGGAACCCAGAGUGGUCCCUAUAGGGGCGAUCUUAGAGCCUUUGGAGAGUCUUCUUUAGGGACCACAUUACCAACCCCUAUAGAGGCCCCUUUAGGGGUUUUAGAUGGUGGCCCCUAUAGGGGUCCCUUAAGCUUGCAAAAGUGGUCCCUAUAGGGGACAUGCUAGUCGAUAAUUGUUAUGAACUCUAAAAGAAGAAGCAUUUACCUAAGUUAAACGGAAUAAAUAAGCGUUUUUUUAAUAAAAUUGAGAGACCCCUAUAGGGUCCACUUUGAAUGUUAAGGGGCCAGGACCUAAAUCUCUAUAGGGACCACCUUAAUUUUACCCCUAUAGGUACCACUUUUUCGGCCCCUAUAGGGGUUGUUUCCGCCCAUAACCCCUAUAGGGACCACUCUGGAAUUCCCAAGACGAAACAAAAAGAAAAAAGAUUUCAGACCUUUCAAAAACUUUUUGAGUUCACUUGUCCAAUUUAAAAAUACCUGCCAAAAAUUUAAAUUAUUACAAAAAAUAGAGUACCAAAAAAAUCUGACGAUUUUAAAAAUUUAAAGCUACACCUUUUGUUCAAAACACUUCUCGACUUAUUGAAUGGAGCGCAUAAUUUUUUUCUGAGUUCAAAACUCAAAAAAAAAAAUUCAGAAGCCGUUCGAAGACAUCUACUCGAGAUAUUUGAUGUUCACGUGGGACCGAGAAUUCGAAAAAGCCAAUAAAGUCUAUCUCGAGGGCAAGGAUUUGCUCAGCGACGUGGAAAAGGCCAAAGUCGAGCUGUGGGCGGUGAUUUUCAAAGAAAUUUGUUGAAAAAAUCAUGAUUUUUCAGUCAGAAUGCCAACAAUUCACCAGAUACUUCCUCUCACUUGGUGUAAAUCCAGGUGAAAUCUGGAAUUUUUCCCAAAAGAAAUUCUGAUCACUCAGGAAUUUCAGAGUGGUCCCUAUAGGGGUUAGAGGAAAAAACAGCCCCUAUAGGGGCCGAGAAAGUGGUCCCUAUAGGGUUUUAGAGUCUGACCCCUUGGCCCUAAAGCUUAAGGGGUCCCUAUAGGGAUCUUUCAACUUCUUUUAAAAAACGCUUGUUUAUUUAAUUUUCCCCAUGGAAAUGCUUCUUCGCAUUCAUAAAAGAAUUAUAGAUUUGCAUGUCCCCUAUAGGGGCCAUUAACUAAAACCCCUAUAGGGACCACUUUUUCAAGCUUCAGUGGCACCUGAAGGGGUUGCUAAAGUGGUCUCUAGAGGGGACGUUUCAAUGUUACCCCUAUAGGGACCACUCUGGAGUUCCUGAGGGGUCAUAUAAACAUAAAAAUAGCGUAUAAACACAGAAGAGACGCAGAGAAGUCAGAUUUUUCUUCUCAAUAUGUAAUAAAGUAAAAUUUAAUAAUUUAAUUUCAGAACACUGCAAACGGGAAGUUGAAAAAUUCCAAGAACGUGUUCUGUCCGACUUCAUCAAGGACGAAUUUUCCAGGUUUUUUCUCUUAAAAUUAUGAAAAUCACUAUUUUGAAGUUACUUUCAUCAUUAUAUACCUCAUUCGAAACAAAUUAAAAGCUCUGACCGCACGUGGAAUGGCUCGACGCGGUUAAAUUUGAAAUUUCCAACAAAAAGCUUUUUCGGACCGCAACGCGACCGCGACGCAUUGACUCAUUCAUAGUGAUUUUUCAAAAAUUCAAAUUAUCAUAGUUACAGGAUCGUGAAUGACUCUAACGAGGACGAGUAA